CCCGAAAAUCACAAGCAGAGUGGAAAAUACACUCCCCAUAGCAAAACCUAGAGCCUUUUUUUCUCUCUUCCCCCAUACCUAUUGUACAAUGAAGGGUUCUUACAGCGGCCCCAGAAUCCUUACAGGGAUUCUCUAUUUUGCCAUGGCUGCCGCAUUAGUGCAUGGCCAGGCCACUCGUGUUGGCUUCUAUUCCGCUUCAUGUCCUCGAGCUGAAUCUAUUGUUACUUCAACAGUCCAAUCUCAUUUUCGUUCUAACCCUGCCAUUGCUCCCGGCUUGCUGAGGAUGCAUUUCCAUGAUUGCUUUGUCCAGGGUUGUGAUGGCUCAAUCCUUAUCGAUGGCCCUAACACUGAGAAAACGGCUCCUCCAAACAGUUUGUUGAGAGGCUAUGAAGUUAUUAAUGACGCCAAGACUCAAAUAGAAGCAGUAUGCCCUGGUGUAGUCUCAUGUGCUGAUAUUCUUGCACUAGCCGCCCGUGAUUCCGUGGUUUUGACAAACGGAGCGAGCUGGUUGGUGCCUACGGGACGCAGAGAUGGGAGGGUUUCUCAAGCAUCUGAUGCCUCCAAUUUGCCUGGCUUCACUGAGUCCAUUGAUUCGCAAAAGCGAAAGUUCGCCGCAUUUGGUCUCAACACUCAGGACCUUGUUACCCUUGUCGGAGGUCACACCAUAGGGACUUCAGCUUGUCAGUUCUUUAGUUACAGACUAUACAACUUUACUGCAAAUGGUCCCGAUCCAUCGAUCAACCCAUCCUUUGUCUCUCAACUACAAUCACUUUGCCCACAAAAUGGUGACGGUAGCAGGCGCGUUGAUCUCGACACCGGUAGCGGUGGCAGGUUCGACACAUCCUUUUUUACAAAUUUGAGGAACGGCCGAGGGAUACUUGAAUCUGAUCAAAAGCUGUGGACUGAUCCUUCGACGAGAACUAUUGUUCAACGGUUCUUGGGUGUGGCAGGCGUGCAACCACUGAGCUUCAAUGUCGAAUUUGGGAGGUCUAUGGUAAAAAUGAGUAACAUUGGGGUGAAGACGGGCACCAAUGGAGAAAUUCGCAGAGUUUGUUCUGCAGUAAACUGAUAUUGAUGAUUGAGAUUUGAUAAUGAUAUCGAUGUUUGAUGUUUUGAUGUUUGGCUUUAUUGGCGCAAGCUGAUAGAGUGAUAAUAAUUGCUCACUCUUGUUGACUUGGAAAGCAGCAAUGUUGUGGACAGCGGACAAUCGAAAUUGGAUUGUCUUUCUUUUUAAUUAUCACUAUAUAUAUUCUAUCAAUCUAGAAGAUGUAGAAUGGAACAUUUGACUAUAAGCAUACUACCUUUUUUUUGGUAUUUUAUUA